AUGGACGAACUCAGACAGUCGCUUCUGGGAAGGGUGAAAAGCUUCUUUGGCAGACUCCAGAGGCAGUCCCUGAUGUUCAGGUCCCGGUCCGGAGCCGGUACAGAUCUUCGAGAUGAGGCGAAGAAGGGAGGGGGGAAAAAAACAGCAGGGCAAGAAUGCAGCAGAAGCUGGGGGCAGCAGCAGCUGGGGGCAGCAGAAGCCGGGGGCAGCAGAAGCGGCAGCGGCCUGGGCAAGCCAGCAGCAGCCAUGCAAGCCAAGCAGCAAGCCAAGCUAGCAGCCUGUGGCCACCCCCGGGCGGGGGAGGAGCGGCAACGGCGGCAGGCAGCUCCGUGCAGACACACAAACUCUCGCUGGGAUGCACAGGCUGCGGGACACCGGCUGUGCAGCACCGAGCAGCUCUGCUCUCCCCACCCCUGCCUUCCCUUGCUAAAGCCUGUAACCUGCGUUCCUGCUGCUUCUCUCUUCUACCGGCAGCCCAGCUCGCAGGCACCGGCGAGCACUCUCAAACACACCUGGGACUCCGACAUCGCCAAACAGCCCCCAGGAGAAGGAGCCGCAGGAGCUCUCCCAGCCCUGCGCGGCGGAGCGGGAGCGGCGGUGCCGGGCGGCCGCCCCUGGAUGCCCCGCCCUGCCGGCCCCGCGGGAAGAGCAGCGGGCGCAGCCUGCGGCCACGGGCGGGGAAGGCGGGAGGGUCCACCCCCUUACCCGCUCGGAACCGGACGGACCUCGGCUCUGCGGGUGGGGGCGCCUGCGUGCCGGGGCCACCUCGCCAUGACAGCGUGGCCGAUGGCGGGGCUGGCGCUGCUUCUCUGCCUGCUGCGGACGGGCAGUGCCGCCCUCCCGGCGCCUGCAGGCAGCCGGCUGCGGGAGGAGGGCGGCGGCCGGGAACGAGAGGAAGCGGCCGCUCUGAGGGAAAGCACUGAAAGAAUUAGAUUAUUGAAUUCAUUAUCAAGAGAUAAUACGACUGCUGUCUACGGAAUAAAUCAGUUUUCUCACCUGUUUCCUGAGGAGUUCAAAGCUAUUUACUUGAGAAGCAUACCUCACAAACUUCCCAGAUACAUAAAAGUGUCAAAGGGGAAGGAAAAGCCUCUGCCAAAGAAGUUUGACUGGAGGGACAAGAAAGUCAUUGCAGAAGUGAGAAAUCAGCAGACAUGUGGAGGCUGCUGGGCUUUCAGUGUUGUAGGCAGCAUAGAGUCUGCCUAUGCAAUUAAAAGAAACACCCUGGAAGAGCUCAGUGUGCAGCAAGUUCUUGACUGCUCAUACAAUAAUUACGGCUGCAGUGGGGGAUCCACUGUUAGCGCUUUGAGCUGGCUGAACCAGACAAAAGUAAAACUCGUGAGAGAUUCAGAAUACACUUUUAAAGCUCAGACAGGACUGUGCCAUUAUUUUGAGCGCUCAUAUUUUGGAGUUUCAAUAACAGGAUUUGCUGCAUAUGACUUCAGUGGUGAGGAAGAAGAAAUGAUGAGGAUGCUUGUCAGCUGGGGCCCUUUGGCAGUGACAGUUGAUGCUGUUAGCUGGCAGGAUUAUCUCGGUGGAAUCAUACAAUAUCACUGCUCCAGUGGAAGAGCAAACCAUGCUGUUCUUAUCACUGGUUUUGACAGAACAGGUAGCAUCCCUUACUGGAUUGUACAGAACUCUUGGGGACCAACAUGGGGAAUAGAUGGCUACGUUCGUGUUAAGAUAGGCAGCAAUGUCUGUGGUAUAGCAGAAACAGUUUCAGCAGUAUUUGUUUGACAUUUCUCUGGGCCUCUACAACUGGUCAACGGCCACAAGUAUCAUGAGGACAGACACUGUAUAUGAAGAUGUAAUUCAAAACACCAUUUUCAAAUAUGAGAAAUGUCUGUAAGCAUUUCCUGCAACUCAUGGCUGAAGUUUUUAAACAUGUUUUUAUUUGGAAUUUGUGUUGAAUGCCAUAUUUCUCAUGGAGUAAGAAGACUCAACCGCAGGGUGUACCAAUAGUAGUUAUAAAGAUGGACUGAAGUCUCAAAUGUAAGCUUUAUCCAGGUGUUGAAUACUAUGCCAUAGAAGAAUUUUAAAAGGAAAAAAAUGAUGACAAAAAAGAAGGAAUUUGGAUCAAAAAAUCAAUAGUAUAAGAGUAUAUUUGAAAUCAUUUUAAUAUGAGAAGAGUCAUGAGUAACAGUUUAAAAA